AUGCCUUUCGAUACUAUUUUAUUGUCAAGAGAACUUGUUGAAUUAUCUUCCAAUCCCAAUGACUGUACCAAUGCAAGUCAAUGUUUAUUUUCGGAUGAAUGUACUACAUGUGAAAAUGGUCGUGGACCAGAUUGUAAUCGAGCAACUUGUAUUAAUGGAAAAUGUAAUAUAAUUAAACGAUGUUCUCAAGAGAUUUUAUCUAUUUCUACAGAAACGUCUCUCGUUACCAAUCAAUGCAAAGGAACUGAUGCAAGUAAUUGUAUUUUCAAUAAGUUAUGUGAGCUUUGUUUACAAGGUUAUAAUCCAGCUUGUACCGAAGCUAUAUGUGUUAAUGAUCAAUGUAAAAUGAUUUCACCUUGUUCAAUAUAUACACCAACAACACAAUCUUCUACAGUUCCUGUUGAAUGUCAAAAUGAUGGUCAAUGUUCUUAUGCUAAACUGUGUGCUGAUGAAUGUCAACAUGGUACACAUCCAUUAUGUGCUAUAGGAAAAUGUGUUAAUAAUAUAUGUCAAACUAUUUUACCAUGUUCACAAAAUUUUGAAUGUACAACUGAAGAUCUAAGUCAAUGUGUUACUUCUCAAAUAUGUGCUCAAUGCUCACUUGGGUAUAGUCCAACAUGUGCUCAAGCUACUUGUGAAAAUGGUCAAUGUAAAACAAUUAUGCCAUGUAGUAUCUUCAUAGAAUCAUCGACAACUGUAUUCUCAAUUAAUACUUGUACUCAUGAUGAUGAUUGUUCUCAUCUUCAAAAUUGCGUCGAUGAAUGUAGUAAUGAUACUACACCACUUUGUACAUCAGUUGAAUGUGUAAAUGGUAAGUGUAUUGAUAUCAAACCAUGUUCACAACGGAUCUGUAACACACAAACAACAUGUCCAUAUAAUCAACAAAAUUGUUUAACUUGUCCAGAAGGGUAUGGACCAACAUGUGAACAAAGUGUUUGCUCACAUAGUAUUUGUUCAAUAAUACCACCAUGUUCAAAACAUGAUUAA